AUGACUGUCCCAGAAGAAGUUGACGUUAUAGUCUGUGGUGGUGGCAGUACUGGUUGCGUACCAGCUGGCCGGCUGGCUAACCUGGAUCAUAAUCUCCAAGUUCUAUUAGUUGAAGCCGGUGAAGAUAAUCUCAACAACCCAUGGGUUUAUCGUCCGGGAAUAUAUCCUCGCAACAUGAAGCUUGACUCCAAAACUGCUUCGUUUUAUCACUCUAGGCCAUCGGAGUCGUUGGAUGGGCGCCGUGCGAUUGUGCCUUGUGCCCAUAUUCUAGGCGGGGGGAGUUCCAUCAACUUCAUGAUGUAUACUCGAGCCUCAGCCUCUGACUAUGAUGAUUUCCAAGCAAAGGGCUGGACAACGCGUGAGCUUCUGCCACUAAUGAAAAAACACGAGACUUAUCAGCGGGCAUCCAACAACCCGGAUCUUCACGGGUUUGAGGGCCCGAUUAAAGUAUCUUUUGGAAAUUACACAUAUCCAAUUGCACAGGACUUUCUCCGUGCCGCUGAAUCACAGGGAGUUCCCGUGACAGACGACCUCCAAGACCUCACCACUGGGCAUGGAGCUGAGCAUUGGUUGAAAUGGAUUAACCGAGACACUGGUCGACGAAGUGAUGCUGCCCAUGCGUAUGUCCACGGAACUCGGGCGAGGCAUAGCAAUCUACAUCUCAAAUGUAACACCAAGGUUGACAAAAUCCUUAUCGAAAAUGGGCGAGCCGUUGGCAUCGUUACUGUUCCUACCAAAUGGGUUGGAGAGGGUGAACCGCCUCGGAAGAUUUACCGUGCUCGGAAACAGAUAAUUAUUUCUGGAGGAACAAUGAGUUCUCCUCUUAUUCUCCAACGUUCAGGAGUUGGCGACCCCGAAAAGCUCCGUCGUGCUGGAAUCAAACCAGUAGUCGAUCUUCCGGGUGUCGGUGGGAACUUCCAGGACCACUACCUGACCUUUUCGGUGUAUCGAGCUAAGCCGGACACUGAGUCAUUCGAUGACUUCGUCCGAGGAGACCCUGCAACUCAGAAGAAGGUAUUUGAUGAAUGGAACAUCAAAGGAACUGGCCCACUGGCAACGAAUGGCAUUGAUGCUGGUGUGAAAAUCCGACCCACGGAGAGUGAGCUAGCAGCAAUGCGUAGCUGGCCAACCCCAGAUUUCCAGCGUGGAUGGGACAGCUACUUCAAGCACAAACCAGAUAAGCCUGUCAUGCAUUAUUCUGUCAUUUCCGGAUGGUUUGGGGAUCAUAUGCUUAUGCCUCCGGGAAAAUUCUUCACCAUGUUCCACUUCUUGGAAUAUCCCUUCUCUCGAGGAUGGGUCCACGUCAAGUCCGCUGAUCCUUACGAAGCUCCAGACUUUGAUGCUGGGUUCAUGAACGACAAGCGCGAUAUGGCGCCUAUGGUCUGGGGAUACAUUAAAUCUCGCGAGACCGCUCGUCGAAUGGGUGCUUACGCGGGAGAAGUAACGGGCAUGCACCCACAUUUCGCUCACGAUUCACCGGCUCGGGCAUCCGACAUGGAUCUGGAGACGACCAAGGCAUAUGCAGGACCAGAUCAUCUCAGCGCGGGUAUUCAGCAUGGCUCAUGGUCAAACCCUCUUCCACCUGCCCAGUCCGCGUCGGAGAACCAUUUGAACUCCAACAAGCAAGGUGCCCAUCCAGAAAUCCAGUAUAGCAAAAAGGAUAUUGAGCACAUUGAGAAAUGGGUGCAACGCCAUGUGGAGACUACAUGGCACUCCUUGGGUACAUGUAGCAUGGCACCUAGAGAAGGCAAUUCUAUUGUUAAGCAUGGCGUCCUUGAUGAACGUCUCAAUGUUCAUGGCGUCAAGGGACUGAAAGUAGCCGAUCUAUCAAUUUGUCCUGACAAUGUUGGCUGCAACACUUUCAGCACCGCGCUUCUUAUAGGAGAAAAGGCUGCCAUGCUGACCGCGGAAGAUCUUGGUUAUUCUGGCCCUGCUUUGGACAUGAAGGUUCCUACCUACCACGCUCCAGGGGAGACACUGAACCUGGCCCGUUUGUAA